CUGAAUUCCUGAACUACCAUUUGUUGUUCGAAUCGUGUUCACGUCUUUCCGUUUUCUAAUCGAACUUCAAGAUGACAGGAGCAUGUGGCUGUGUCGUCUUUUUCUUUUUAUUGGCCUGUGUCGUGGCCUCUGACCUCUAUGGUGAUCAAGGCGGUUUCGUCUCCAGCUACGGUUACGGCAAGCCUUUCGCUACGGAAUACGCUCGUACUAAAGUGAUCAGCGUGGAAAAGAAAACAGGAACCGAAGAUGGUGAUGCAGUAAACUACCACGUGGCGCCACCUCCUAAAGUCUCCAGCUAUUCUGGUGGGUACAGUACAGGGUUCCACUCGUCCUACGGCACCAGUACACCCAGGAAAUACUCAACCAGCUUCGCAUACAGCCACCCUGGUCCUAACACACAUACACCCAUUCAUCAAGGAUACGCUCGUUCCAAAGUUGUCACCGUGGAGAAAACUCUCGGAACGGGAGACGCUAAACCCGUAGACUACCACGUGUCGCCACCUCCUAAAGUCUCCAGCUACUCUGAUGGAUACACAACAAGAUUUCACUCGUCCUACGGCACCAGUGUUCCUCACCGAACCUAUGGAGGAACCUACGCACAAGUUCCCCAAGCAUAUGGCAGCACUUUUGUAUCCAGCACUCCUUUCGGAGCCCACGCUGGAUCUUAUGGCUUGUCGUACAAAAAACACACACCGUCCAUUACACGUCCAGUUGUGAGCAGCGUUCAGCAUAACAUCGGAAGCUUUGUGGCCGACACCUUGAAGAGCACAUACCCAAGCCGUGAUUCUUUUCUAAAGCUGUAAAUCAAAGAAAUUCAAAAGCAUUUCGUUGCUUGUUAGUUUUUGUUGUUGUUUUUUUUGAGUUAUUGAAACUACUCCGCACCUUUGAUUGCGAGAUGUAUUACACAUCUUGCUAAUGUUGCUUUAAUCCCACGAAAUAAAAUGCAAAAAUAUUAGCUUUAAAAAAUAAAGUUAAACUUCUGAAUGGUCAUGUUCGUGAACAUAAAUAUGACUCAAUUUUUCAGUACAUAAACUAUAUAUUUUGAUUAAUAACUCAAUAAAUUAUUCGUUAAGAAGACAAAGUGUAAAAUGUGAUGAUAAUUAAAGAACUUU